CACUAAGUGACAACAUUCUGCACACAGUAAAUAUUGUCUCAUUUCUUGUGUCAGAUGGAUUAUUUUAGUGAUUUAAAAUUAGAUUUUGCUAAAAAUUUCAGUGAGUUAGUGCUUUAGAAUUAGGGGACAUAAAUAUUUGAGUUAGUGCUUUAGAAUUAGGGGACAUAAAUAUUAGAGUUAGUGCUUUAGGGCUAGUGGGACUCAGAUUAGUGCUGCUCACCACUGAUGGAUAUAAAAUGUUUUGAAGCCUAAUGUUUAACAAAAAACCCAAAAAUGUUAUGAAAUGUAAUGAAAAACAAGACAAAGCAUGAAAUGAAGGGUUACCAUGAAGGGUUUGGAUCAGUUCUUGGUUCUGGGUCAGGUACCAUGAAGGGUUUGGAUCAGUUCUUGGUUCUGGGUCAGGUACCAUGAAGGGUUUGGGUCUCAGAGGAGAGCUGUAAAAGUGAAACCUGAAUGAAUUUCUCGCCUGGUUGCCCUCACCGGAGCGAGCGGCGGUGGCUCCUCCUGUUUCCUGUCCGGUGGGUUGUCACGGCAGCGGUUGCCGUGGCGACGGGAGGCAACAGAAGAGGGAAACCUGAGCGGUGGAUCUUCUGGAGGAGAUGUUUAAUUCAUGGUGAGAGCUGACACCGUCUGCUGACCCGGGUUACUGUGCUGGUUCCAAUGAGACCCCCCCCCCCGCAGCUGGACCCUGGUUCUGACCGCUCGGCUCAGAUUUUUAAUUUAAACCUUUCUCAGAGUCCGACUGACCCGUCCUGGUGGUUCGGGGGAGGGGGUGAAGGAGACACUCAGUCCUGCAGCAGCUCUACUACUGUUCAACAAACGGGUCAGAACCACCUCGAGCCUGGUUCUGAUGGGUCUGAUAGGUCCACCUGCAGCGACGUCAUCAGGUUAGAUCAGAUCUCAGUAAGACUACACCGGACCUGGACAUUGAUAUCAGAACCAGAAGAGUCCGAAGCAGACACAGGACGGAGCAGAACGCUACGGUCCGAUCUGUUUGGAUCUGAGUCCAUACAGGGUCAAAGGUCACCUCAGCCGACCCAUGAUGACCAGAGUCCAGAUCAGGAAGGACAACCAGGAAGUGUUAGUGGUCCUGUGAGGAGCAGCCGGUCUGAAGGACCAUCUGAGGUCAGAACUGCAGGUCUGAAGGACAACUCGAGGACCACCUAAUGGGGGUCAGAACAGCAGGUUUGGAGGAGAACCUGAGGACCACCUGAGGGAUCAGAACGUGGAGUCGAUGCUGAAGAGGAGACAGAACCAUGGCUGCUGAAUCCAUGACUUUCUCUUAGUGGGAACCGAUCGAGGCCGAAACAAGAACAAGAACCCAAAAAACCUUGAAGAACCUUACAGGAUCUUGUAAAACCUCGCAGGACCUUGUAGAACUUUGCAGGACUUUGUAGAACUUUGCAGGACCUUGUAGAACUUUGCAGGACCUUGUAGAACUUUGCAGGACCUUGUAGAACUUUGCAGGACCUUGUAGAACUUUGCAGGACCUUGUAAAAACUUGCAGGACCUUGUAGAACUUUGCAGGACCUUGUAAGACCUUACAGGACCUUGAAGAAACUUGUAGGACCUUGAAGAACCUCAAAGAAACUUACAGGACCAAGUAAACCGUUGUAGAACCUCACAGGACCUUGUAGACCCUCACAGGACCUUGUAGAACCUCACAGGACCUUGUAGAACCUCACAGGACCUUGUAGAACCUCACAGGACCUUGUAGACCCUAGCAGGACCUCAGCGGUCAUGGUGAACACGGGCAUGCAGCUGAUCAGCUUCACGUGCGCGGUGACAGGCUGGAUCAUGGCCAUCGCGGUGACGGCGUUGCCUCAGUGGAAGGUGUCGGCCUUCAUCGGGAACAACAUCCUGACCUCGGAGAUGAAGUGGGAGGGGAUCUGGAUGAACUGCAUCUACCAGACCACGGGUCACAUGCAGUGUAAGACCUACGACUCCAUGUUGGCGCUGCCGCCCGACAUCCAGGCCGCCCGCGCCCUCAUGUGCCUCGCCAUCUUCAUGGGCUGGCUGUCCUGCACCGUGUCUUGCUGCGGCAUGAAGUGCACCACCUGCGCCGGCGACGACCGCCGCGCCAAGGCCGGCAUCGCGCUGGCGGGCGGGAUCCUCUUCAUCCUCACGGGUCUGUGCGUUCUGAUCCCCGUCUCCUGGACCGCCAACACGGUGAUCCAGGACUUCUACAACCCCAACGUGCCCACCAUGCACAAGCGGGAGCUGGGCCAGGCCAUCUACCUGGGCUGGGCCGCCGCCGUCAUCCUGAUGAUCAGCGGCGCCGUGCUGAGCAGCACCUGCCCCCUGAUGGAGCGGGGCGGCCGCUACCGCCGCGGAUACAUCGGGCGGAGCUUCGCCAACUCGCCGGCGCCGGAUCCCAUCAAACCCAUCGCCUCCAACAGUGUCCCUCUGCAGGAGUACGUGUAGAGGUCAGAGGUCAGAGGUCAGGGCUGCAGCUGGAGGGCACUGUUUGUUUACACGCUGGACCCUGGUCUUUGUUUGUUUGUUUAUUUACACACUGGACCCUGGUCUUUGUUUGUUUGUUUAUUUACACAC